AUGACGACACCGCAAAAGCCAAGCGUUCGUCAGGAGAGGGCCCAGGGGGAGAGUCCUCACGUCCUCACGUACUUUAUACAGGGCUGUAAUAUAGUUCAAAUCAUGUCUCCUUCUUCGUCUGCUCCAGCUCCUUGCUCUCCUCCUCCUCCUACUCCUACUCCUGCUGGAGACUCAUCCUCCUCUCGCCUCUGUUCCGAAAACUUCACCUGUUCAUCGCCAUCAUCAUUAUCACUACCAAGGUCCUCCCGCCGGGAACGACGAAGGAGAGGAGGAGGAAAGAGGGCCAAAAGAAGAAGAAGAAACGGAGAGGCCCUCCGGAGAAAUGCCUCCUGCAGGGGGGGAAGGAGGAGGAGGGGACGUCAAUAUACUAGUAGCACUCACUUUAGUAGUAGUUCCUCGAGUCAGAGUUGGUUCCUGCUGACGUUACUGUGCCUCCUGCUGGCGGGAGGCGCCCAGGGCAGCGAGCUACCUGACAGGGAAUGUUGUGACAGUGUCCCACCCCCGCCGCCAAACUACCACCACGCUACCUCUACGACAACCACUACCACCACUCCCACGCCAAAGACAGAGUUCAACGCCUCCAUCUCGAUAACGAGCCACACUGCGGGCGGAGUGAUGAACUGCAUAGAGGCCCGGAGUCAAUGCAUCAACGACAGGGAAUGUAAGGAUGUCCUCAUGAUGCUCCACAAGGUUUGCGGACCAGAACUAGUGGCCUGUUCAUCCACGACGCCGAGCAAGUGCCAGAUGCUGCUGAGGACGCUGCGAGACUUCGACUACCUGACCUCUUGCAAGUGUAACGAGCCGCACAUGGACUUCGCUUGCCACAGCUUCCGCGAGACGAUCUUCAGCCACCCGUGCGGCCUCGUCGAAUCUGACGGUAAUCCUAGGCUAGCGCCAUUUGCGUCCCUGUAUGGCAGAGAUUACCCGGAGUACACCCAUCCGUUGAUGCCGAACUGCAACGAUGCAUACCAGAGUUGCAAAGACAAGGGCUCCUGUCUGAAGGCCUACGUCGAGUUCGCCAACGUCUGCCCCUUCAAUGGGAUCACCUGUAUCGCACAAGACAGUGAGAAAUGCAUGGAAAGCUGGAACAAGAUCCGUCAGAGUCCACUCUUCGGGUGCGUCUGCACCUCCCAGUCGAUGAGGUCCUUAGCCUCCAGACAGUACUCCAUAGAAACGUCCCACUCGUACAGCAUCCUGAGGAAGGGCGACGCCGAGCAGGAGUCCUGCAUGGAGACCUACAACAGGACCCACGAAAAUCCAUGUCUUGAAAUCCCCUCUCCACCACUUAGAGUUGACUUUAUCAGUCCCUUGUACAGACCUCUGGACUUCUUCUACCGCCCGCUGGACCUGUCGAAUGUCCUGGGAUACCCAGUCCCUAACCGGGACGACGUGCGAACAUUUUUACCAAUGGCACCCUGGGGACACAUCCUGUGGGAUGGGCCCUCCGCUGCCAACCCGGGUGAUAAAAUCGGUCAGCAUGACAUCAGCAAAGCCACUCAAGUCGAAGUGAUCCAGGCGACGUGUCACGUGGCUCUGGAGAAGUGUCAGAACGACGAGGAGUGCCGCCCUCUCCUCGAUGGCGUCAUGGUCUGGUGUGAGCAUGCGCACUGCGAGCCUGACCGCUGUCGCUCCGCCCUCCAGGACUUCUAUGACCGGGUCAACAUCAUGCGCACGCUGCAAGUGGCUUUCUGCGUGUGCAGACAAAACGACCCAAAUGGAGAAUGUCUGACGGCGAUGAGGAAGCUCCACCCGACCUGCGCCGAGAGGCACUCAGGUCGCGACCCUAUGAAGUGCCACAAAAUUGCAGAGCAGUGUCGCAAGAGCCCCGUAUGCAGAGAGAAACUCCGCGAGUACGAGCAGAAGUGUGCAGCAGACGCCAUGACCGGGAGAUGUGCCGAUACCCACCGCAGCUGCCAGAAGGCCGUCAUGAACAUCCUCGGGACAGAGCUUCACGCCACCUGCGUCUGCAAGGGGACAGAUUUCUUGAACCAGCACGACUGUUACACUUGGCAAAAGCUCCUUUGGUCCAACCCGUGUGUCAUCGAGUCGCACCUGAUGCUUCACAAGGAGAUCAGCCAGGGCUCCACCGAGAGCUUAGACGAAGUGUUCCGCAGACCGCAGAUUCGGACGACCCCGCCGCCACCUCGCAUCCCGUACAUUAACCCUACGCCAGAGGAAGAGGAAAACCUGCCCCAACCUCCGGGCGGUUACGGGGUCGUACACGAAAUAAGCCCAGAGAACAUGGGCCCUCGGCCCUCUAGCACGUAUGGCCAAGAGCUUCCGAACGUCUGGGGACCUCCUCAUCGGCCCGGCCUGACUGUGGGCGAGGGGGCUGGAGGAAGGAGAGACAGGAUUGGAAGUAUUCCCUUCGGAAGGGGCAACGGCGACCUCCCGGGCGAAAGCGAGCGAUUUCCUCUCGACAGAGAUGUGUAUGUCAUUGAGGACACGGGUCGGGGUCAAGGAACCAUAACUUUGGGGAGAGACAACGGCGGCGCCGCGGGGAGGAUACCCCCCAACCGAGGAUUCCCUCACGAGUCCCUACCUCCUGGAUCCAGAUGGCAUAACGGUCGCAACCGAGGGAGCGGUCUGAACGUUGGGGGUCACAACGGGCGGUUUGGCGGAGAACACGAGGAAACCGGAAGCACCUGGGGAUCUCGGGUCCCCAACGGUGGCGUCAGUGUCGGAGGAGGAGGAGGAGGAGGAGGAGGAGGGGGGAGAAGCGGAGGUCGUUACGACCCCAAUCACGCGGUGAAUGGCUACGGGAGAGAUCGCGGAGGCGCCGGCCACCGGGGCACGCCCAUUCACAUCGCGCCGACGGACAAGGGCAGCAGCUGGGGCAAACUGGGCUCCAACGGGAGGACGGGCAGCACCUGGAGAAAUCGCGGUUACGCAAUGCCGCCCUUACCGGACCUUCCAGAUAAAGACGACUUCCCAACGACCCUACCCCCAGUGGGGCCACAUCCCGUCGGAGGCGGUCUCACUCCGACGCCCGCGGUCAUGCCAGCGCCCACUCCGUAUCUGACUACGACGACUGAUGUUCCAACCACCACCAGGCCUCGAAGAACUUGUUCCAUUAAGAACGUGAAGAAUGAACAAAUGAUGAACUUGGAAAUUCCAGAAGGCAGUCGCAGAAGGAUAUACAACACGUCUGACUGCUCGGCCCUGUGUGAGUGUCGGAUUCCCAACGGGGCGGCGAAGCCCGAGGCUAUUUGCACGACCCUGCGUUGCAUGGAGAACAAAUCUUGCAACACGGAGAGUGCCAAGUACCCUCACAGUGCCCCGUACUACCUUGCCCACAGAGGAGCCUGCGAUUGCUACGACGGGAAUUUCAUUUGCCAGAAGCCUGACCCAGAUGAUUAUGCACCGCUCGGCCCAGGAGUCUACAUGUUCUUGGGCUACAGCAAAGGAGAGAUGGAGAUCCUGAAACCGGUCACCAGCAAGAACGAGCUGGACGCACUCAGCCAGAUGGAAGCGAUACUCGUCAAACAAUACAGAUUCAACUGCACUUUGUCUCUCAAGAACCACAUUGGGGAGAACGUAAUAGCCAUAGCCAAGUUGGAUGUGGAUCCGGAGAUAUUCAUGAACGCUUUCAUCAGGCAAAGAAGGGAAAAGGAGGAAUGCGCCGGGCCGCUGCAGGCCCUCGCCGAGAAGAUCAACAUGAGGCCCCGCCAUUCGGACAUCCUGACGGAUGCUCACCUGUCGAUGUUCAUCCUGGCCCAGGUGGAGGUGAACUUCCCUGAGGCUCAGACGUCCUACGCUUCGGCCUCCGGCCACCUACGUCCAGACGUCGCCAUGACCUACCUGAUGUCGCUCCUCGCCCUCCUCCUCCUCCUGCUCCUCCAGCGCCGAUGCCUGGAGGCCGCCGCCAACGCCACGCCCCUCGGAGCCUACGCGACCUGAUGCUGCUAUUCGACGCGGCAGAAGGACACAGAUUAAGACAACAUCCUGAUGAGAGACAUUUAAGGAAAAAAAAAAAGAAAUGAGAGAGUUAUAAGUGGAUGAAUAUAUAAAGUAUAUAAUAUAUAUAUAUAUAUUUCUUCAACGUUUCGCGUGAGACGCACAAACCUGUCCCGGACUCUAUAUAUACAAAUGAAUGAACAGUUGUUGAUCUUUCCCGAUCGGAUGAACGACUCCAGACAGAACGGACUUUGAAAUCCCACGCCCUAUAGUCAGACAGUCUUUUCAAAUCAUAGUAUUUUUGAUAAGUUCUCUAGAAAGAAAAAAAAUAAACAAAACAUAUUAGCAUGUAGUAAAAUGUGACAAUGUAUAAUAGUAUUUAACUUCAUUUAAACAAACGCUAUAUUUUUACAUCACUUCGUCUGUUCCACAAGUGCUUUUGACUGAAAAGAAGAGAGAGGAAAAGGUAGAAAAGAAUACAAUAAACAGUGCGAAGUGAGAAAAGAACGAAGAGCAGGUGUCAGCGAGUAACUGUGGCUUUGCAGUUAAUGUUGUCACGCGUGAAUUGAAAGGAAGAAGACAGGGUGCCAAAGAAAUCUUAAAAGAGUUCCGCCAUCACGGUGGACGAUGCAAGUGGUCGCAAAAGGAAGGUUCGUUACCCGAGGGAAAAUGAAAGCCGAUGAUGAUGAUAUUCGGAGAAAAAAAUCUCUAGAAAGAUUCCCUGAAAGAUGAAGAAUAUAUAAAAGGUCUGAGGCAAAUGAAUAGUGAAUAUUCGGACCUUUUGCGGUCGAAUGAAAAUGUUUAGUAUUUUGCAAUUUGAUUAUUUCCUUUGGUGGAAGGGAGAGAGAGAAAAUCGUCGCCU